AUGGGUCACACUUAUCUUGCCCGAUUUCAUGAAUUUGCCGAUGCCGCUGAAGUAGACGGCCUACAAGCUGUCAAUCGCUGGCGUGUGGAACAGCAAGCAGAGUGGAAUAGAGUGUCGAACACGCUCGCGUUCCUCGCCACUAUGAGUGCGGCUAUCCUCGCGAUUUCACCACCCGCUCCCCCUCUCGCUUUCUCUGUUUGGCUGGGAGCAGCUGGGUUGAGCGUCUGCGGUCUUUUCAUUGUUCAGUACUUUCCUAUCCAGGCGUUCUCUAUUUCGGACGAGGACAUGGCAGAGCUAGUGAAAGGUUGCAAUUACAUCAACCCAACUUUUCUUGCGAUUGCGGUCGCCAGCCCUGUCAUAUUCGCCCUCUGGUCAUCUAUUCUGUUUGCCGUUGGCAUUGUCGAUUACAUUAUUGAGAAUACUCAUGGCAAACCGCGGUUCAUGCUACUCUCGCUUGUACCAGUCGCUAUCGGUUUCAUGGCAAGCGCAGCCGUCAUGGCCAUCGCCAGCAUCAUUGGGCAACGUGUUCAAGCCCGUUAUAAGGGAAGGCCACGCCACAGGUGGCAUGGCUUACCGCGCAAUGAUGGAAACGAAAGUGUAUCGAACUCGACACGGACGGGCGCGGGCGCCUGA